GUCGCUGUUUGCAACGGGAGGAGAGUUCGAAAUUGAGCAGGAGCCUAGAUUGUUGUACAACGAGACAAAGAGCUACCAUCUCAGGAGGCUGGACAGGUUAGCUGAUGAGGGCCAGAUAAAGAAGGCCAUCGAUGAUGAAGAAGGAAAACUUCCAGAGGUUCUUGUCAUAUCUUGGCCUAAGGCAAAUGAGGUCCAUGCAGGAGAGAAACGACCAGCUGGGAAACUCAUAGGUGAAAUCAAAGCUGAGAUCCACAACAGGAAAGGUCAGUCCAUGUCAAGGCUUCCUGGAGUUCAGCAUAACUCUAAGAAACUCAUGGUGGAGUUGAAGAUCAUUUGGCAUUCCGAUUGCGGUGACAAGGUGAUAGUAACCCACAUGGGUCAACAUCACAAGACAUGGGCAUACUCCUUCAAACAGAUGGACAUUGUCGGGAACAUAGGUCCCCAUACCCUGAUCCUGCAGGCAGUACUCAGGGAUGAAGGAGCUACUGACCUCGGAGGACGCCCUCUGCCAUGUCACAAGAUCAAGUUCACAAGUACAGAGGGCCCAUCAAGCAAGUUUAGCAUUGAUAUCCUGGAUCCGCCGUUCAGGGUAGACGUCCCAUUCAACAUCCCUCUUCUGCUACAAGACGAGUUCAAUAAUCCCACCAAGCCAACGCCUAACCUCAAACCAGUACUCGAAGCGAGUGGCCUUGUCAUGAGCUAUGAGAAGGUGGAAAUCGAGGGCAACUCUCUUAUAGUGAAAGAAGUGAAGGCAUCCGGGGUCGUUGGAUCGGCUCAAGGAAAGAAGUUCAACAUGACCGUGACGAUACCUGGACUGGAGAUCCCCACUCAACAACUAAAGAUCAGAAUCUUGCCCGGUGAGCCACACAAGAUCAUUGUGCCAACGUUUGAAGGAACUGGUGACCUCUGCAUAGAGAAUGGCAAAGAGUUUCCUAUAUCUGUGGAGAUCAGAGACAGAGCAGGGAACUUCUCUGUGCACCAAAAUAUUGAAGUCCAGUGCGAGUUUCAUGGUGCGGAUGGGUUGCCUUCAUACAGAGCAGACUGCAGUAACUCAGGAAAGGUUACUCUUACUGGAAACCCUAUCUUCAUCAAGAACAUCUCCAAGAAAUCUCACGAGAUCACUGCCAAAAUUGAACUACCGCACAUGAAAGGAGUCAGCUCUGUAGAGAAAGUCAUUACCGUCAAACCCAGCUCCAGCGCCUGUAAGAUCAAGGUAUUCUUCUGUAAAGAUGACCCAGUCGAGAUAAAACCCCAAGAAGACAUUGAGUGGACGGCCGGACAGAAUACAUCACACAUGCGUUUUACUCUGUAUGACGAGGGUGAAAACCAGAUGAAGAUUACGAAGGAACAGGCAAGCAAAUUCAAGUUCACCUGGUUACGCACCUUCGACACCUCCACCGUCAUGGAGGGGAACUUGCCCCCUAUCAAGGUCCCAAAAUCGGUGGGAGAUAUCAAGUUCUGUCAGCUGAGACUCACAGAUGGAUCGGGCCUGGAGUUUUCCUUCAACAUCAAGCCAAUCCCUGGCGAGGCCAAGCACAUCAAGUGUCAAAGCAAAAAAAGUGUAAAGGUGAAGCUUGGAGAGAUCUUGGAUGGUGAUAUUGUCGUCCAUGUCAUUGAUGAACAUGGGAACAUUAUAAAGAAGCUCCCUCAUGAUUCCCUGAGCAACCUCAGUGUGAAGGCAGAAGAUCUAGACACCAAAGUCCUGCAGAAAACCCUUCUACCUAAUGUGGGCUUCAGUCUUGGGGAUAUCAAGUUUGACGGUUCAAUAGUAGGGGACAGGCCGGUCUUGGUGAAAUACAACGACUUCACAGAUCUCAUCAGUUUAGAGGUGCUUCCUGGCCAACCGGCGCAGCUGCUUGUGAUGGGCUGGAUGCCAGAGGAGACACUGAUAGCAUAUGACGGCGCCAUGAUCAACAAUCCAUUGGGCUUUCAAGUUUGUGAUAAAUCUGGCAAUCCUAUCUCCGAUGUCACCACACCUAUCUCACUGCAGUAUGACAAGGCAUUAAAGGUAUUGUCAACCGCGUCACUGACAGCAAUGCCAUUCGAAGGUGGUCAAGUGACUUUCGGGAAACUUACCAUAUCCGGUCCCUAUGGGAAGUACAUGCUACAUGCAAAGAUGUCCAUGGAAAGGUCAUCCCUAAUGAGUUCUGGUCUCGCUGUCCAACUCAAGCCAGAUCCCAAUAAAGCACGGACUAGGAGUGUCUACAUUGCUGGGGAUCAUUUUCCAGUUGGAGCGGAGCGGAGAGUUCGCUAUCUAACUACGAGAGCCAGCGUCGAACUAACGAAGUCACCGUACAACACCGCUAUUUAUAGUCUCCGAGAGCUGCUUAACGCAUGGUGCGUCCGUAAUCGCGCUCUGAACGCUUACGCCCCAAAAGCUUACUACGCCCUCUACGUUUUCUGCAAGAUAGCUACCUGUGAGCCACAUAAGAUCAUUGUGCCAACAUUUGAAGAAACUGAUAACCUCUUCAUAGAGAACGGCAAAGCGCUUCCUAUAUCGGUGGAGAUCAGAGACAGAGCAGGGAACUUCUCAGUGCACCCAAAACUUGUAGUCCAGUGCAAGUUUCAUGGUGCGGAUGGUUUGCCUUCAUACAAAGCAGAGUGCAGUAACUCAGGAAAGGCUACUCUUACCGGUAGCCCUAUCUUCAUCAAGAAUAUCUCUAAGAAAUCUCAGAAGAUCACUGCCAGAAUUGAACUACCGCACAUGCCAGGAGUCAGCUCUGUAGAGAAAGCCAUCACUGUCAAACCUAGCACAAGUGCCUGUAAGAUCAAGGUAUUCUUCUGCCAACACCAGUACCUUGAUUACCCAAAGAAAAAACCUGUCGAGGUGAAACCCAAAGGAGAUAUUGAGUGGACGGCCGGAGAGGAUACAUCACAGAUCAGUUUUGCUCUGUUUGAUGAGGGUAACAACCACAUGAAGAUUACCAAGGAGCUGGCAAACAAGUUCAAGUUCAACUGGUUACCCAGCUUCAACCCCUCCACCCUCAUGGAGGGGUACUUGCCCCCUAUCAAGGUCCCCAAUACGGUGGGAGAUUCCAAGUUCUGUCAGCUGAGAAUCACCGAUGGAUCAGGCCUGGAGUUUUCCUUCAACAUCAAGCCAAUCCCUGGCGAGGCAACGCAGAUCAAGUGUCAAAACAAAACAAGUACAAAGGUGAAGCUUGGAGAGACCUUGGACGGUGAUAUAGUCGUCCAUGUCACUGAUGCCUAUUGUAACAGUACGAAGAAGCUCCCUCAUGAUUCCCUGAGCAACCUCAUUGUGAAGGCAGAGGAUCUAGACACUAAAGUCCUGCAGAAAGUCCUUCUACCUAACGUGGGCUUCGGCCUCCGGAACAUCAAGUUUGACGCGGUAGGGGUCAGGGUGGUUGUGGUGAAAUACAACGACUUCACGGAUCACAUCACGUUAGAGGUACUUCCUGGUCGACCGGCAAAGCUGCUUGUUAUGGGCUGGAUGCAAAAUGAGACACUGAUAGCAUAUGACGGCGUCCAGAUCAGCAAUCCAUUGGGCUUUCAAGUUUGUGAUGAAUCUGGUAAUGAUAUCUUCGAUGUUGACAAAACUAUCUCACUGCAAUAUGACAAGACACUAAAGGUAUCGUCAACUGUACCUCUGACAGCAAGGCCAGACAGUGAUGGUCGAGUUACCUUUGGGAAGCUUACCUUAUCCGGUCCCUGUGGAAAGUACAUGCUACAUGCAAAGAUGUCCAUGGAAAGGUCAUCCCUAUCGAGUUCUGGUCUCGCUGUCCAACUCAAGCCAGAUCCCAAGAAGGCACAAAAACUUCAGUUGGACUACAGAGAGGGGGAUGUCUACAUUGCUAGGGAUCUUUUUCCAGAUGCCAAGAAGCAGCAACAGAUGUCUCGGCUGUCGAAGGAGAGAGACACACUCACUGCUUCUAUCAGGAGGUACAAAAAAAUGUUUGAAGGGAAACGACAGCUUCUACAGAUUUGCAAAGAAUCUGCUGAAGAUGCUGCUAAGAAUGAGCUCGAGCUACGAGAAGAGUUGAGAAUAUAUGGAGUCCGGGAUGCACAGAUAGCAACGAGAAAAGGAUCGGAAGAAUUAAUGAUAUCUACUCAAAAAUCAAUUGAACAGUUGAGGAACAAACCUAGAAGGAAAUGCGGGAUGCCGCGAUAUGAGACACGGGAUGGUGAAAUACUUGGAAAGGUAGCACACCUGGUUGAGGUAGAAGAAGAGAACGAUGCCUUUGUGUUAUCAUGGCAUAUGGCCUCAGAUAUGAACUGCGUCCUUACCACCACAGUCACUAAAGCUAAGGAGGUCUUUGCUAACACUAGAGGGCUCCAACAGGUUCUACCCAUCGAGUCGAUCUACACAAAUGGCCUGACUGAGUGGGACAAGUGA